CAGCAGCUGCAACUACUUGCAUCAACUAAGCAAAGCUAGCACAGGCACCUAGCCUAGUCGAUCUAUCAUUGCAGCAAUGGCAUUCACCAACAGCUGGACACUCGAGGUCACGUCGCCGGUGGCCGCGCCACGCCUGUUCCGUGCCGCCGUGAUAGACUGGCACACCCUGGCCCCCAAGCUCGCCUCCCGCAUCGUCGCCAGCGCCAACCCUGUGGAGGGAGAGGGCGGCGUCGGCAGCGUCAGGCUGUUCAACUUCACCUCAGCCAUGCCGUUCAGCUUCAUGAAGGAGAGGCUCGAGUUCCUGGACGCGGACAAGUGCGAGUGCAAAUCGACGCUCAUCGAGGGCGGUGGGAUCGGCGUGGCAAUCGAGACGGCGACGUCGCACAUCAAGGUGGAGCAGGCGGCCAACGGUGGGAGUGUGGUGAAGGUGGACUCGACGUACAAGCUGCUGCCGGGCGUGGAGGUGAACGAUGAGAUCACCAAGGCUAAGGAGUCUGUCACCGCCAUCUUCAAGGCCGCUGAGGCCUACCUCGUCGCCAACCCGGACGCCUACAACUAAAUCAGUCGAGUGGGAUCAUACAUGUGAUUGCCACAGAUAUGAUCUUGUGUGUUUUCUAUGGCUAAAAUAAAGGUGCUUUAAUUAGUCAUUAGUGUGUGAUGCAUAGAUGAGAGAGCACCGAGCAGAGUACGGACUUAAGAUGUAGAAUGUGUGUUUUUGCUACUUGCAGUGAAGCGCGGUAUGAUUUGGCUGGUAUUAUCAAUGUUUCA